AUGAACUUGUCCAAAAGACAAAAUGUCCGCCGGCUGUCUUUUUCUCCCUUGCCUUUAGCAGCAAGGGGCCUGGGGGAGCAGCCAGCAGCAGCAGCAGCAGCAGCAGCAGCAGCAGCAACAGGAGCUGCAGCAGCAGCAGGUGCAGCAGCAGCACCAGACAGAGAGGCUGGGCCGAACGCAGCGGCUGCAGCAGCAGCAGCAACAGCAGCAGAAUGGACUGCAGCAAAGCACACUUCAGUCCGGGGGUGGUGGCAGGGCCCCUUGGCCUCAGGAGCUGCUCCACCUGCUGCUGCUGCUGCUGCUGCUGCUGCUGCUGCUGCUGCUGCUCCCUCUCUGGCUAAUAAUAUGAUGGGCCGCAGCAAAAACAAAGAACAAGAAGCUGUGGCUCUUGGGGUCUUUGUCACUUUGCUGCUGAUGACUCUUUCCAGUGCAGCAGCAUAUUCUCUUACAGACUUCGCGCCCGCCUUCUUGGCGUGGUCUUGGCCCCUUUACGUGGCCUUUCCGGUGCUGACCAUCGCCACUCUUGUUGCUUCCAACGCGCUGCUGAAUUUCUUUUUUGCUGCGGAGUGCACGUGA